UCUGAUUGGUCCAUUCGCACUAACGUCAUCAGGUAGAUUGAGAAGCGGUAGCAUCCAGUAUGCCACUUUUGGACCACUGUCCGAGUUUCCUCGACCAUUCAUGUACUUGCCACUCCGUCUGGUCACCUCCCUCAGGUCAUCAGGCCGUAACAGUCCUGAAUUAGCCACCUCCGUUUGUCACCCUUCCCGCCAGGAGUGAUGUAUGGGACUAAGCAGACGACUUGUCAUCAUUGCGCUGGAAGCAUUUACUCUUGUGUGUUACCUGGCAGAUGAACAGUGUACAGUCAGUGUGCCGGGCUGGUAGACCAGGGACAAUGUACACCUGGGGAGUGCUCCUCCUUCUCCCCACCCUCCUGCUUCAUACCCCUAGCGUCCAGGGGAACAAGCGAGAGUUCAGGAUUGCCUGGAUGGCACCCAAGCAGGAGUACAACAAGUUCAGUGCUGCCACUACUGUGAAUGCCUUAAAGUUGGCUUUGUAUUCAAUUGGACGAAAAUAUCUCAGAGGACAUCCUAUACGGGUGAAAUGGUACGACAGUGACUGCAACUCCAAGGCCGCUCUCACUUCCGCUGUCGACGCCAAGAACAUGUUUGACCCCCAUCUCUUCCUGGGACCCCCGUGUUCCGCAGGUAUGCGCCCCGUGGCUCAGCUGGCGUCCCACUGGAACAUCCCCGUGUUUGGCUGGGUCUCCAACGACCACGACCUGAGGGACAGGGACAUCUACUCCACUCUUAUCAGACUGCUCGGACCCCUCAACCAGUUCUCUACGACAAUGCGCUACGUCUCAAGUGUGUUUAACUGGAAGCGUUACGCCAUGAUCCACGACAAAGACGAAUCCUACAAGUCCGUGUACGAAGCUCUGGCUGGUGACACCACCAACUUCUUCACCUCCACGCACUCUGUGACCCCGAGUAUGGACGAUGACCAGAUCAAAGAGAUCUUCCUCCAGGUCAAGAAGUACGCUAGAAUCAUCAUCUUCGCCGUGCCGUGGUUGACGAUGAGGAAGUACAUCCUGGUGGCUCACCGACUGGGGCUCACGACGGGGGAGUUCGCCUUCAUCUGCAUCAAUGGAGACGUGUAUUCGGGCGAGACGCUCGAGGCAGAUGUUUUAUCUGACCGUGUGUGGCGACGAAACGAUUCCUUUGACGAAGAGGCCAAGUUUGCGUUUGAAUCUGUCAUCCAUGUCAUCCUGGUUGGUCAAGAACAACAGACGUACAAAAAGUUUAAAAACCAUGUGCAGAAGAUGAACACACUGACUGACGAACUCUGGGACAUCCCUCAAGGAUCAGACCAACUAGACGCCUACGCCCCGUUUCUGUACGACGCCACCCUGCUGUGGGCGAUUCUGGUCAACAGGUCGAUGGUAGCUGGGGAGAAUCCUACCAACGGUACCCACAUGUUCUCCAUGGCGCAGGGAGUACAGACGACAGGUGUGACGGCUAAUUUGGUUCUAGACAGCUUCUGUGACCGACUGGUUAACAUCUGGUUGCUGGACAUGCAGGAAGACGGCAACUUCACCACCAUCACCAAAAUCUACAACACCCUCACCGGCGGAAUGGUCUUCUCGCAAAUGGAGAAGAAAAUCAGUGCGCGAUGGCCGGACGGGAAGGUGGGCCAGGAAAACGCGCCACCUGAUAUACCCAAGUGUGGCUUUGAGGGAGAGAAGUGCAAGAUAGAACCAGACUCUCAUGACCUCGGCUACGCUGACACCAUCACGGGGGCGGCAGCAGGGUCGUCAGUCGUCCUCAUUAUCGCCAUCGCCGUGCAGGUGUCACUCAGACGUUACCGACGUCGCCGGCAGCUGGAGAGUAUGUUGUGGCAGGUGAAGUUUGAGGAGAUCGACUUCGUCACAGCCAUUCUCUGUGGCAGCGUCAGGUCCAGCUUCAAGAAUCUCGCCCGCCGACGCAGCUCGAAGAACGUGAAGGGUGUGUCUAAGACACGCAAUGUUGGGAGUUCUGGCGAUUCCUACACAGACUCACCAAGGUCACAUCACUGCACGGAGACUGGCACCACCAUGUUUGGGUCAGUCGCCUACAUCAGAGGGAGCCUGGUGUCUGUCAAGAGGAUGUCCAAGAACAUCGUCAGUCUGACCAAGGAGGUCCUGCAGGAACUGAACCAGCUGAUGGAACUCAAGAAUCAGAACGUCUGUGCAUUUGUUGGCGCAUGCGUAGAUCCAGGAAGGAUUCUACUGUUGUGGGAGUAUUGCCCUAAGGGCAGUUUGCAGGAUAUCAUCUGGAACACGAACAUCAAGCUGGAUCAGCUCUUCAAGUUCGCCCUGUGCCAGGACGUCGCCAAGGGUCUGGAAUACAUCCACAAGAGUUCGGUAAACUACCAUGGCAACCUGAAAAGUUCCAACUGUGUCGUGGACAGUCGGUGGACAUGUAAACUCACGGACUUCGGGGUCCCUAAAAUCAGGUCGAUGGACAAGGCGUCGAUACCCUUCGAGGAGAACGCAGACAAGGAACUAUGGACGGCCCCUGAGAUUCUGCGAGCUGAGAGGAACGUGGAGUUCCAGAAGGCGGACAUAUACGCCGUGGGCAUCAUCAUGAAGGAGGUGUUCACCCGGUCCGGCCCCUACACCGAGUACCCAUUCUACUGCUCCUCAGAAAUCGUCACUAAAGUUCGGGAACCUUCGACACAGUCUCGGUUCCGUCCGUCAGUUGCACGUGAGCUUCGUCAGCAUCCUGACCUAGCGGCCCUGAUUGAGGAUUGCUGGAGUGAGGACCCCAGUGCUCGUCCCUCCGCCCCGAGGGUGGUCAAGUCUCUCACGAGGAUCAACCCGUCCAAACACAUGACGAUGAUCGACAACAUGAUCGCCAUGUUGGAGAAGUAUGCCAACCAUCUGGAGGAGCUUGUGGCGGAGAGGACGAGUGAGUUGGACGCGGAGAAGAGGAAGACGGAAAACCUGCUGUACAGGAUGCUGCCACAGUCCGUGGCCGAGGACCUCAAGUUGGGUAAACCAGUGAAGGCGGAGAUGUUUGACCAGGCUACGAUAUACUUCUCAGAUAUAGUGGGCUUCACCAAGAUCUGUGGCGAGAGUACACCCAUUGAGGUUGUGAAUCUCCUCAACUGCCUCUACACGCUGUUUGAUGACAUCAUCACGCGCUAUGACGUGUACAAGGUGGAGACAAUCGGGGACGCCUACAUGAUAGCUAGCGGUCUGCCGAUGAGGAACGGCGACAACCACAUCAAGGAGAUCGCCGACUGUGCCAUGGACAUCCUCGCCUCCACCGCCACCUUCACCAUACCUCAUCUACCAGACAGACCCCUCAAGAUACGUAUAGGAAUCCACACAGGGUCGGUGGUUGCGGGAGUUGUUGGUCUAGCGAUGCCUCGGUACUGUUUGUUCGGAGACACGGUCAACGUGGCCUCCAGGAUGGAGUCGACCGGAUUCCCCCUGAAGAUCCACCUGAGCUCAGUCGCCCAUGACAAGCUGGUGUCUCGGUUCGCUGGCUACCACUUCUACGACCGGGGCGAGAUCCCGGUGAAGGGCAAGGGCACCAUGAACACCUUCUUCCUGACUGGGAGGGACGGCUUCACCAAGGUCCUGCCCCCUGCUGACCAGGACGUCCCGGGGUCACCCACAGUCAAGUUCCCCAUGCUGACUAGCAUCCCAGACUAUGGGACACACACACGAGAAGGAAGUCACGCCGCCCUACUCCCAAGUCUCGCCUACUGCGAGACUCACAUGCGAACAGAAAGACACCCAGCUCUGAAACCCAUGCCCAUUGUGACGUCAACGCCUUGCAGAGACGUUUCUAGGGAUGUUGAGGACAGUGGUUACCUUGGCAACAACACACCGAGGUCUCACGUGACAUCAGAUUCCGAGGAGUGUUCCACCAUCGCGACAGUGCCCGGGAAAUGUCUGAAGCUUCAUCCCCAUGAGUUGUUUGGAUCUGCUUCACGUGUGAAUAAUUUAACAGAACCUGUGUGUCCUGCUCUUAACAGAGUGACGUCAGAGAAUUAUGAACCAGCAAACAUUGCUUUACAUGGGAACAGACUGUCCGAACAGACCCGUUGUCAUGUCAUGACGUCUGCGACAGGUGAAGAGCCCAGUGUCGACUGUCACGUUGACAUGGCAGCAGAACCAACUCGUGGCACAAACAUUUGCAGAGUGACGUCAGGUCUUCACGAACAGUCAGACUUUUCCACACAUGUGAAUAGAUUGACAGAACCAACACAUCCUACACAUAUCAACCGAGUGACAUCAGAUCCUAGGGAACUCUCCAACUCUAUUGUCGCUCACGUUAACAGGGCGUACGAACACGAUCAUGACAAAGACUCAAUUGUACGCUUCACCAAGAACUCGCUCAUAAGAAGCGCCACCAUCCCCCGGUGUAAUGCCAGCAGGCCCAGUGUGUUGGUGCCCAACGGGACCCCCAGGAAAGACUUUAACUUCAGAGAUGAUAAUCGCAAUCGAAGGGUAACUCGAAUUCUGGAGAUUACGCCCUUAUGACUAGCGGCCCCCGAGACGUUGGUUUGUGAGAUUGAAGGGGAGAGAAUCUAGCACGUGUGUCUGGAAGAAAGAGUCCAACCCGUGUGUCUGAAAGAGUGAAUCUGGCAUGUGUGUCUGCAACAGAGACUCCAGCACGUGUUUUGGAUUUCUGUUGAGACAGACUCAUCUGUUAGAUGUCUGGCCAACGUUGAAGGGACCCGUUUCUUUGAUUCAACUGUUAUUAUUGUUACGUGACAUCAAGAUUAUGGAUAAAGAAUGAAAGUGAUUGAUGUGUGACUCAUAACGGGGAAAUAUCUCCGGACUCAAGUGCCUGUACUUGGAGCUGCGUUGGUUGUGGAUUGUGUGACAGUUCAUUGAUACCCCACUGACAGUGUGGACAAGUGUUCAAGAUUAUACGAUCUGCUUCGAUGCAUCAUUAUUCGGUACCAUCACUGAUAGAACAGGGGAGGAAUACUUUGAUUUUGAUGCGCCAUCGGUCUGUGAUGUGAACGUUUAUAACCAUGUUUGUACUAGGGAGUCAUUUCCUUACAAAUGUCUGAUAGCUUUAAUAUCGUCUUGAUAAUAAAGAUCAUUUUAAAACA